UUGAACCUCAAAAACAAAUAUGGUGGACGGACUGGCGUCUUAAUCACCAUGGAACUUUGACUUGUUUUUAUGUGUUCCUCAUGUUAUCUGGCGCCUUAAAAAUGUUCGAAUGAUAAAGCACACCAAAAUCAGAGUCUAUUCAUUCAAUAAAGGUUCUACUUACUCCUCAGAUACGACGUUGUGACCAUAAAGUUAACACAAAAUACACUACUAAUUGGUUGUCGGACCGCACUAAACAGUUCUUUUUCCGGACAGGAGCCAAAGUUGUUUACACAAUGUCGUCACCUGAAAUGGAGCAGUUUGAGAUCACUGAUCGGGAUCUUGACGAUGAACUCAACCCAUACAGAAAAAGACACCGCCAGUCAAAAAAACAAGCGAUUUAUGGUAUUUGGGCUGAUGAGGACAGUGAUGACGAGGGGAGACCAACUUUUGGAAAUAGGCGUGGAAAGAAGGAUUACUCAGCUCCCGUUGGUUUUGUCAGCGGCGGUAUCAAAGGGGAAGAGAAGCCUUCAGGAUCCAAAGCUGGGAAUAAUGAAGAUGAAGAGUCAUAUAAAGAUGACAAAGGAACUAGUUCUGAAUCGGAUGACGGUGGAGGAAGAGUUGGAUUUGGGGUAAAGCCACAGCCAUCAGGUGCAGCAACUAUCCCAGGAGCAGCUAGGAAUUAUGACCCUGGUUUAUACAAGGGAGACAGAAAGUUGGGGACAUGGGAAAAACAUACGAAGGGUAUUGGAGCCAAACUUCUCGGCAAGAUGGGCCAUGUCCAUGGUAGGGGCCUUGGAAAGAACCUCCAAGGUAUUGUGAAUCCUGUGGAGGCCCAGACAAGAAAAGGCAAAGCUGCAGUUGGAUUCUAUGGGUCGGAAAGGACAAAGUCUCAGCGUACGCAGAUUGUUGAUCAAGAUGAACAGGAGGAGGUGGAAUUUAAAGAAAAACUCAGACAAUGGAAAAAAACUGAUGAUAGGAAAAAGAAACCAAAAUAUAACUAUGUGACUGCAGAUGAAGUAAUUGCCUCAGGAGGGAUACGUAAGAAGAAACAUGUGGUUCCAAGUGAACUUUCCAAGGUCAAAGUCAUUGAUAUGACAGGAAAAGAAAAGCGAGUGCUGUCCAGCUACUCAGCCCUGGCACAGCGACAUGAUAGACCCGAUGAUGAUGAGGAUAUCUAUGAUAGUUUACCAGAGAAGAGGCGAGCGUUUGACAUGCCGGAAUUGAUGCAUAAUUUGAACAUGCUGGUAGAUAUGGCCGAAGAAGAGAUCAUCACGAAUGAUAGGAGAUUAAAACACAGUAAAGAUUUGGCUGUCAAUCUAACAUUUGAACAAGAGAAGCUGACUGAAGUAUUAGCACAAGAAAGCAAACAAAUUGACAAGCUGCAAAAGAUCUGUGACAUGAUUGAGAGCUGUGAAGCCAGACUGAAAGAAGGUGCAGAGAAUCCUCUUACUUUGUCAGAAUGUGCCAAAACAUUCAUUGAACUUCAAGACGCUUACUAUGAGGAAUAUAAACUAUUUGAACUUUCUAAUUUGGCUAUUGCCAUGAUAACUCCAUUGAUGAAGAAACACUUUGAAGCCUACAGCCCAUUGAUUGAUUCAACCUGGGGUUUGGAGACCAUGAAGAGCUGGAAAGACAUCCUCCAUGAUGGCAACAGGUCAUUGAAAAGCAAUGAAAAUGACAUGGACGCCUAUGACAAACUCGUCUGGGAUAUCUGGAUGCCAUAUGUGAGAAGAGCUGUCGGCUCCUGGAAUGUACGUACAUGUGAUCCAGUGAUAGAGUUAUUGGAGAAUUGGCUACCGAUCCUGUCACCUUGGAUCAUGGAUAACAUCUUGGACCUGUUGGUCUACCCCCGGCUCCAGUCUGAAGUUGAAAACUGGAAUCCUACCAGUGACACUGUUCCUAUUCAUUCCUGGCUUCAUCCGUGGUUGCCUCUGAUGGGUGAGAGAUUAGAACCAUUGUAUGCUCCAAUACGGCAAAAACUUGGUACAGCAUUGAUCAACUGGCAUCCCUCCGAUCCUUCUGCGAAGCUCAUCCUCCAGCCGUGGCUAAACGUGUUCAAGAAGGGACAUGUGGAGGCCUUUGUCCUGAAGCACAUCCUCUCAAAGCUACAUCUCUGUAUGCAGGAGUUUGUGAUUAAUCCUCAUCAACAGCAUCUAGAUCCUUGGAAUUGGGUGAUGUCGUGGAGAGAGAUUAUUCCCAAUCACAAUAUGAUUGUGAUGUUGGAGAAAACAUUCUUCCCGAAAUGGUUACAGGUGCUAUCGUCAUGGUUAAACAGUAAUCCCAACUAUGAUGAGGUGACCAAAUGGUACAUGGGAUGGAAGUCGAUGAUGCCGGAAGAGUUUUUUGUGAAUCAGUCUAUUAAAGAUCAGUUCAAUCAAGCACUGAGCAUGAUGAACAGGGCAGUGACUGGCCACUACCAGCCUGGCGCCCGCGAAAAUGUUGCAUAUCUUACACAUCAAGAAAGGCGAAGGGACUUUGAACCGACAGAAAAGAGAGAGCGUGAGCCCACCACAAGCAGCCCAACCCCCACUAUGAAAGUCUCAGAUACUGCCACAACUAUUCCACAUAGCUUCAAGGAACUCAUCGAGAAAAAGGCCAUGGAGAAUAACAUCCUAUUCGCACCAAUACCAAACAGAACACAAGAAGCCCGACAGGUUUAUCGAUUUGGAAAAGUCAGCAUUUAUAUUGAUAGGAGGGUGGUGUUUAUGUUCACGGGAGAACAGUGGAUACCAGUGUCAUUGAAUAGUCUUAUAGAGCGAGCAAUUGGCUGAUGAUGGUGGCAUUCCAAGUCUGCACUGUGCCAGAACAAUGAUGACUGUAAAAGUUUCACAAGCCAUUGUUAAAGGGUCUUUACCCGGCCUUGCGAACAUUUCACAAAAGUGUAUUUUUGUGGGCUUUGAAAAUGUACCACUACUUCCUGUCAAGGAAGCCCUGUCAUUGCAACAAAUUUUCUGUACUUUCGGAAUAAAAUACAAAGUACAGGA